CCAACACCCACCCCAGUUUCCCAAUUAAUCCAACACACCUGGGCAAAUCUUGCGGAAUUCAUCACAUACCUGGUGUAUAACCAUGGCCAAGUCCAAGUCUAACAAGCGCAAGCGUAAUGCGCAACAUCUACUUCCGCAAAAAGCCUCAAAGCCGUCUACGCUUUUACCGACCCCCCCGCCCGAUGUGGCAACGGCGGUCGACCCGCAUCACAUCAAGACCAUUGUAUCAGACGAGGAGCUCGAAACCACCAUCGAGACCCUCAGUGCCCUCUCGGAAUAUCCCGGCCUGACCAAGUCAAAGGCGUGCAAGGAUCUUCGAGUCGCAGUCUAUAAUUUCCGCCGGGCCUGCACAACGGGACUCGACAAUGCUGAGGGCGCAAACUUGACGGCGCGGAUCACGGGGGCUUUGGCGGAUGAAAAGUACAUCGAUGCCAAAGUCCUACUGGCCGAGAUGAGAAUCCGAGGCGAGCAACCCAAGAUCGGGGCCUUGUGUCGCUGGGUGCGGGAUUUGGAUGUCGUCAGUGGCCUAUCAACAAAGCCUAGGGCACUGGAUGAAGAAGAAGCCCUUCCGAAGCGGAGUGCAAAAGAUCUCGAACUGCUCAGCGUUCUUGAUGCGGUUCUGCGCGUCAGUACUCCUAUAGACACCAACCCGGCCGCUGUCAGCUCGGCUCCCUCCAACCCCAUCGCCUUCCAGUCCAUCUGGGACUUGCGUCCUCCGACACCCCCAUUACCAGUUUAUGCUUCGGUGCUUGACAAAUCCAUCUUGGAGCUGGCCCCAAAGUCCUCCUCGGCCAUUCAAAUCCUCGAAACAACGCCCGGCCCCCUCCGCAAACCGCCAAACCACCACCCCGCCACCCUAUACACCACCAUCCCCGGAGCCGUCCGCCUGGCAUCCGACCCCCCAUCUAUAACAUACCAUCCCCACCCCGCAGUCCCGGGCCUCGGCCUCGCCAUGAACGUCCUCUCCGCGACAGAGUGCAAGGCCAUCAUCGCCGCCGGCGAAUCCGUCACCUUCCAACCAGACGCGCCCCUCCGCGAAGACGGCGACGUGAGCAUCCUCGCCCACAACUUCUACUGGAUAAUCGACACGGCCUUCCACGACACCCUCUGGCGCCGCAUCUCCCCCUACGUGCCGCGCUCCGUCAACGGCCGCCUCGUCCGCGGCAUCAACCGCCGCUUCCGCGUCUACCGCUACGUCCCCGGCGCCGAGUACCGCUGCCACAUUGACGGCGCGUGGCCGCCGUCGGGGAUCAGCCCGGAAGGGAAAUACAUCUACGACGCGUCGCCGCCGGAGAACAGGCAGAGCUCCAUGUAUACGUUUUUGCUGUACCUGAAUGACGAGUUUGAGGGCGGGGAGACGACGUUUUUCAUGCCGGCGGCGCGGGAGGGGGUCUUGAAUGCGUAUCCCGUACGGCCGGUUAUGGGAUCUGUGGCGAUUUUCCCGCACGGCGAGGCGAAUGGGGCGCUUUUGCAUGAGGGGACGGGGGUGAGGAAGGGGGCCAAGUAUAUCAUCCGGACGGAUGUGGAGUAUGAUGUCAAGCCUAGUGAGUGAGGAGUUGAUUGUGAUUCUGGGUAGCAAAAACAAUUUUGGAUACUUGGUUUGGCUUGUUGGUGAUAUGAUAAAGUGCCUGUCUUUGUGUCAAAAGGUACCCUAUAUACUGCACGGGAGCUGGCUUCUUGGGUUAGUGUUAUAAAAGUAAUGGAUCCAAAAUACGACUUGGAUGGAUUCUCAAAGUUAAUUUGCUUUGAACCAGCUGUUGCAUGUUAAGCGACUAUGGAUA